GCUGCAUUCUUCACUGCGGCUGACUUCACACUUUGAACAAGAUGGCGUCUAGCAGAAAGGUGUGUUAGCAGAGUGUCUUUGUUGUGUUGAGAAAGAGGUAAAAUGUGUAAAGUCCAGAUGCUGAGAGCGUUGGUGGAGCAGCGACUAACUGCGGCUGCUGAAGAGAUAUUUGGGCUGUUUGAAAGAACGAUAGCAGAGUACGAGGAGGAACUUUGUCGUUCAAAAGAGGAGAACGAGCGACAACGGGAGCUACUGGACGCUUAUUUCAACCCUCAGUUUCGGCUACACAGAGCAGAUGUUGAGCAGCUGUUGGUGGUUAAAGAAGAGGUUCCCCCUGAGCAGCAGGAGUGUAGCUCCAGUGUGGACCAGCAGGAGCCAGAGCCCCCCCCACACAUUAAAGAGGAACAGGAGGAACUGAGGAGCAGUCAGGAGGGAGAGCAGCUUCAAGGGCUGGAGGAGGCUGAUAUCAUCAAGUUCCCAUUCACUCCUGUCCCUGUGAAGAGUGAAGAUGAUGAAGAGGAAGCUCAGUCCUCACAGCUUCAUCAGAGACAAACUCAACACAUGGUAACAGAAGCUGAUGGAGAGGACUGUGGAGGACCAGAACCAGCCGGGAACUCACAUCCACUUUUACAACCAGAGACUGAAGACCAGACUGGAGACUCUUCUGAACCUGAGACUGAUGACAGUGCUGAUUGGAAGGAGACCAGAGAACCUCAGUCAGCUUUAAACUCUCUGAAACAUGAUUCAAGAUGUAAGAAACCAUUCAGCUGCUCUGAGUGUGGAAGGAGAUUUGGCGACAGGAGAAAUCUAAAUAGACACAUGAGAACUCACACAGGAGAAAAACCUUUCAGCUGCUCUGUUUGUAAUACAACUUUUAGUCAGGGUGGAACUUUACAGAGACACAUGGCAAUCCAUACGGGAGAGAAACCUUUCAGUUGCUCAGUGUGUAGGAAAUCUUUUACACUUAGUGGCUGUUUACAGAAACACAUGAGAAUCCACACAGGAGAAAAACCAUUCAGCUGCUCUGAGUGUGGGAAAAGGUUUAGUCAAAACUCAAGUCUGAAGACACACAUGAUAACUCAUACAGGAAAGAAACCUUUCAGCUGCUCAGUCUGCAAUAGAUAUUUUAAACUUAGGGCACAUUUAAAUAAACACAUGAGAACUCACACAGGAGAUAAACCAUUCAGCUGCUCUGAGUGUAAGAAAAGAUUAGAUUGCAAGACGAGUUUGAAGAGACAUAUGAGAGUCCACACAGGAGAAAGACCUUUCAGCUGCUCAAUCUGUCAGAAAUCUUUCAAACAGAGGGAACAUGUAAAGAGACAUAUGAAACAACACACAGGAGAGGAACCGUCUACUUCCUGUGUUAGUGACAUCAGAAAGCAGCAGGAGUGGAGCUCCAGUGUGGACCAGGAGCAGCCAGAGAAUCUCAGCCAGCAGGAGUGUAGCUCCAGUGUGGACCAGCAGGAGCCAGAGCCCCCCGAAACAACACACAGGAGAGGAACCGUCUACUUCCUGUGUAAGUGA